AUGAAGGACAACAGGUCACGGCCCCACAAGAUCGUAUGGAUCUGCGAGAGAUGCUUCCUCCGGGACAGGCCGAAGACAGCACAUUACGUCUUCAUCGCUUCGACUGGGGGAAGCGUCGUCCGACAUCUGAGGAAGGAGCACAAAGUCGUGCCACCUUCUAGACAACGUGCAGGCUCAGUUACCGGGAGUGGAGGUGCAGAACGGAACCUGCUUGAUAUGCUUCGCGCCGAUCCGACGAACCCUCGAGAUCAGACUCUUCUCAGCAAUCUGCAUACGUUAUUCGAUCCGAAGAUGAAUCAACUGCUCCUGCUCGACUGGCUUACAUAUCAUAACCUCCCCUUUAAUGUCGUAAACUCUGAGCGCUUCAGACGACUCCUUCUCUACAACAACCCGGCUCUCCAGGAAGGCCAGAUACCAACUGGCAAAACGCUUGUGAAUCUGCUACUAGAUGAGUAUAAUCGCGCUCUUGCGCUUGCAGAUGAAGUUGCAGAUACAAUAUGCGCGUUUGGUCUUGAAGACAGAAUCGGGUACUACACGCUUGACAACGCUACGAAUAAUGAUACGGCUGUGGAAGCGCUUGCCGCUGAGGCUAUGAUGUACGGCAGCAAAAGGGAUAAUUUCAACGAGUUGCUUGCUCAUUGGGGCGAUAAGGACUUUGUGGCUGAAGAGGAAGAGCAGCGCCAGUUGUCCGACGCUAUCAAUGAGCUGGCGACCGACGACGACUUCUGUGUGCCGAGCAUGGAAGAAGGAUUCGAGGUUGAAACAGUCCCAGAAGGCAGUCAGGAUCAGGACGUACUGCCCGACAUCAUCAAUGGCGAAGAAGUGGACAAGUACCGCAAGUUUGGGCCAUUUGGCAAACUUCACAAUAUUGGCAUUGCUCUUCGAACGAGCAGUCAACUUCUCGAGGUCUUUUACGAAGCUCAACGGCAAACCGCUCCUACUGAACCUAUUCUUACGUGGGUUCAAAACGUCUGCACUCGCUGGAUGUUUUCCAUCAUCGAGGAACGAUGGCUUGGCAAAGGCGGCAAAGAACAGGACAAACCAGCGAUACUGAAAGAACAACUUUCCUUGAAGAAUGGAAGGUCGUUGUUGCGGUUCAGAAGAUCCUUCAGCCAUUCAAGAUCGCCUCGAAGCAACUCCAGGGCGAGGGUAUUGCUGCAAGCUGACCUCAACCGCAUAUGUAGCGGCAGUGGUGUUCCACCCUACGUCGGAGUGGGAAAGAACAUAUGCGAGAAGCUUAGCGACAGUCUGGAAAGAGAGGUACAAGAACAUGGCUCAUCGGCAAUCCUGCGAUGGUGUUUCAGCGGAUACGACUAA